AUGGAGGAGAAGAGAGAGAAAGAGGCGAACUCAAAGUCAUCAUCCACCAUGGCAAAUUCUGUGGCAUUUUCCGACGAGAUUCCCAGCAUGAACAUGUCCAUGAGCACCACCAUGUCCUUCCCUUUUUCCCCUGCUUACUCCACCAUCUUUGACAUCAUGCCACCACUUCCACCACCACCAUCUUCAUCCUCCUCUCACGAUCCAAAAGCUCCAAACUUUCCCUUCUUGGACUUGCUGGGUGUCCCUGAUUAUACCCCUUCCUUAUUCGACUGGCCCCAAAUAACCGCCGACACUUCACCACUACCGCUACCACCCCCCGCCCAAAUCACCCACGCGCUUCCGUCUCCGGCCAGCUCCAAUGUCCCCGACGGAGGCUCCGAGGUCCUCAACACUCCGCCGUCUCCCAACUACUCGUCGAUUUCCUCCUCGUCGAAUGAGGCCGCCCUCGCCGCCGCCGCCGCCAACAAAGCAACGGGAAAUGAAGAUGAAGCGGAGGAGGAUGAAACGACAACAGAUGCAGCAGCAGGCAAAGGAGAAGACCAAGAUCAAGACAAGUCUAAGAAUCAGCUGAAGCCAAAAAAGAAGCACCAAAAGAAGCAAAGAGAGCCAAGAUUUGCGUUCAUGACAAAGAGUGAAGUGGAUCACCUCGACGAUGGCUAUAGGUGGCGCAAGUACGGUCAGAAAGCCGUCAAAAACAGCCCUCAUCCCAGGAGUUACUAUCGUUGCACCACCGCGGCAUGCGGCGUGAAGAAGCGCGUGGAGCGUUCCUCGGAGGACCCUACAGUGGUGGUGACAACCUACGAGGGGCAACACACGCACCCUUGUCCUGCCACCUCACGGGCUAGUCUCGGGUUCUUGCACUCCGAACCAAGUGGGUUCGGACCCACCAGUGGACUCUAUAUGCUGCCACAACAACACCAACAGUUUUGUCAUGACCAAGCAGCAAUGUUAUACAACUCCUCUACCACCACCUCAUCAUCAUCAUCACCAUCACCUCUGAAUGUUGUUAACUCAGCUUCUUGUGGAAUCAACUACGCCAAUACGUCGUCGUUGGGUGGCUUCCUUCAUAGCCAAGAGAAUCAGCAUGUUUUUACGGUGGGAGGUCCUCAGGGUUUGUUCAAUGGGCUUCUUCAGGACAUUGUGCCAACGCAGAUGAUGAACGAAGAGAGGGGAGAUCGUGUGUAG